CCUUCAUGUUUUUAUCGUUUACAAACAAGUAUUUGCAACUAUUCAAGUGAGCGACCAAUUUUUUAUGUCGCCGUGACUGUGGAUCUGACAACGAUAUAACAUAAACCAUAAACCUUUUGGAUAGAACCGUUUGGUUCGUGGUUGAUCGCUCCGAAAAAUGUUCGUUUUAACCUAACAGAACUUUUCAAUAAAGAUUUUAUUCGUGUUUCUACUAAGAAGUUUAUUGAAUGAUAGCAAGGCUUUAAGUGGACGUGAGGUACUCUGGACUGGCAAACGAUAAAAUUAGAAUAGUAAAAUGUCUGAGCAAUUCUUGGGAUGUAUGGUUUCUAUCAAAUAUGAAGAAUCCAUGGGGUGUGAUACCUACCAGGGUCAAAUCGUGGCUUUGGACAGUCAGUUUGUCACCUUGGAAAAGGCAUUUUGCAAUGGAAUUCCACAUCCGGCCCGACAAGUCCCUUUAAAUGCUAAACAUAUUCUACACAUCGAGAUCAUCUCGACAGAGGAGGCUGCGUCGAAUUCCCGAGAUAUACAAACACAAAGUAAAGUCGCAGUGAAGAGGCCAAUAGCAAAAAGAGCCGGUAGAUCAGUUUCCGAGUGCAUUCCGCCUAUGAAUCAACCAAUUCCUAUACCUGGUCAACCGCAGUCAAACAGUUCUAAAAAAGAUUACUGUCAGCCAAACACAGAAUCGUCGUCCAACGGUAAGAUCAGUAUGGAGCAAAUCGGAGUGAAGUCCAGUCAACAAAAGAGAAUAUCACAGAGACAAAAAUGGCUGGAAAGAGAUGAGCAGGCAUUUGGAACACCGAUAGACCAGUCACUGAAGCAGGACUUUGACUUUGAGAAGAACCUGGCGCUCUUCAACAAAGAAGCUGUGUGGCAGGAAAUAAACUCUCUCAAACCGGACAUAAUUCGUCAGUCUGAAAAUAUACGUCCAGGCGGUGCAAAAUAUCGUCACGAUGAAAACGUAAUAGAGUCCGAACCUACGGCUUUCCGUCAGAUUGUUGUACCAUUCGCUGAUAUCCGUGAAUACGUAACGGAUGACGGUCUCGUGAUACCUAGCAUCACCCUGGAACUACAUCGACAGUUGAUAGGAGCAGCUGAUCGAUUGGGAAUUAGUUGGGAGCGCAGAGUUGAGCUCUUGGGUCGUGCCGGUGCAGAAAUAAUCCUUCAGCUCCUGGGUGGGGCACACAGACUGAAUCCUAAUAAUGCUCAUCAAUGGCCAACGGUGGUGGCCCUGUGCGGUGCUCAUAGAUCCGGAGCAGCAGGUGUCAACUGUGCACGUCAACUAUCUAGUCACGGAGUGAAGACUGUCGUCUACAUCGAAAAUUCCGAAGACGUGUUCCUCCUCCAGGAGUUAUCAUUGUACAAACUCACCGGUAACAAAGUCGAAAGUAAGGUCAAGAAUCUUCCCAGCGUCGUAGACCUCAUCCUGGUAGCGCUGUGCGAGGAAAACUCUUCAAGAACCGUGACAGCUGUAGCAAAAUGGGCGAACAGUAACAGGGCACCCAUCCUGGCUAUCGAACCUCCGUCAUCGGGCACCCCUGGUAUCAUAUCGAAAUUCAGCCUCCUAGGAGGUUUACCUCUGUCGCACAGCACUGACAAUGGCCGACUGUACUUGUGCAACUUGGCUCUACCUGCAAAGGUCUUCUCCGACGUCGGUAUCACCUACAGGUCCCCGUUCGGACCAAAAUUUGUCAUUCCUCUGCAUUCCAAUAGCUCCUAGCAGAUUCCUAUGGGAUACGUGACCUCGAUAAGGGUACCAUAGACCUCGUGAUAAGAUCGUAUAGCUAUACUCGUAAAGUUCAAAUCUUUGCAAAUUGGCUUAUCCAUGAGGUUAACCAUCCUGAUGUGACCGAUCAUUGUCUUUCGUCAGUAUAUCGUGUCCUUAUGUUUUUUAAUCGUUGAUUACAUGUGUAGCGCGUCAUCUUGAGGACAUUUUUAAAGGUUUAACCGGCUGAUUAUUUCUUACGGACUUUCUCGACUCCCCACCUCUUUCCACAACUCUCUCCCCACCUCUGUAUCCUCUUUAUAUUUUAGUCCCCACAAUUUUGGCUAAAUAAUUCACGAAUAAGCAACGGAUCUUCUACGAUCUUCCUUAUUCCUUUUUUUUUAAUUACGUCUUAAUGACUUUCCUAUUUUAAUAAAACAAUCUAUCAGGACUUGUGACUUAUGUCUCAAUUAAUAGAGAAUUAAUGCGCAGGUGCUGUACCAGGAACGUUAGUGUCUAAUGUCAUUCGCCGGGUCUUAGUAAUUUCUUGACCGAUAUUAUUUAUUUUUAUCACGACUCCCAUACGCCCAUUUCAUUGUCACCAUUUAUUCACAUGCUCACUGUUCAUUUCCCAUUUGCAUAUCCGUAAUGUAUAUCAAUUUGUAAAAAAAAAAAAAACGUAAAAUAGAUUUUCACAAAUUUAAUUAGGAUCGUAGCCUGUCUCGCGCAAUGGUGCCUGAUAGACAGGAUCAUUUCUUUUUGUUUUUUAUUUAUUAC